CUUUAAAUAGCAGUCCGACCCCUUGCUUUUCCACAACCUCUCCUCUCCUCUCAGUAUGUCCAGGAGCCUGAAGCAAGUGGCUGUGCUGCUUGUGGCACUUCUGUGCCUGGAUCUUCACAGCCGGGUCGGCUCUGCACCCAUCUGCGCACAUGGGCCAUCAGGAUGCCACGUCCCGUCCCUGGCAGAUCUCUUCGACAGGGUCAUUCAGCACUCUGCCAGAAUGCACAGCCUCUCCAACGAUCUGCACUCAGAGUUUGAACAGUAUUUCCUGCCCAGCAAAAACCAUAUUGGAAAGAUCUACCGCAAGUGUCACACCUCCAGCAUACUGACUCCAAACGGCAAAGAGAAUGCACAGAAACUAGCUCGUGAAGAGUUAACGGAGGUGAUUCUUAAACUGCUGAUGGCCUGGAGGGACCCCCUGUUCCAACUGCACCAGAGCAUGGCUCACCAGCAGGACUUCAACAGCUUCAGCAGUAACAAAGCCCUGGAGAUGGGGGACAUGGCCCAUGAGCUGAGGAAAGGGGUGGAGAAAGUAGCUGAGAGGAUGAGAGUACUGGGAAUGCUUGGCAACUCUGUGACAGGUCUGUCUGUGGCAGAAGCCAUGCUUCCUAUAUCGGACAGCGGAGAGGCCAUGAGCAACUAUGAGCUCCUGUACUGCUUUCGCCGUGAUUCUAACAAAGUCCAGAACUAUCUAAAGAUUCUGAAGUGCAGAAUCGUACCCGAGCAUGACUGUUAGAGAAAAAAAAACAUGGGCCUUUCACCUGCACUAAUGGACAGCACAAUGGACACAUGCUGCUCCCCACUUAUCAAGCAUGUUUGACUCUGCACUAUCCGUUAAGACUUCACCAGAUCCCAGUAAAUAAACCUGACUUUUUGCAUCGCUUCAUACUCUAGUACUCCAAACCAAUUCAUUGCUAUAACUAUCCAAAAAGUACAUAGUAUGAGAGGGAGAAAUUGUUUCGCCUCUAACAGGAAAUUACCUUUAAAGUCAAUUCAUUCUUUAAAAUAUUUUUCUAUGUACCAAGUGCUUACUAUUUAUAAUUCCACAAGUUAAACUCCUCUUAAUCAUAUUUUCAUUUUAUGUUUUCAAAUUUGAUCAGUGGCAAAACUAAUUUUCGCUGAAUGAACUGAGCUGCCAAAACGAAAUGACAAUAAAACUGUAGA